UCAAAACUUCACACUUGAUCAAAAAUACAUUGAAAAUGGCUGCGAACCGUCGCAAGCAGGACGACAAAAAUUUAGAAAUUUUACGUGAGCUAAUUUCGCAAAAUGGAAACAAGUAUUGUUUAGAUUGUAAUCAAAGAGGGCCUACUUAUGUUAAUACAACGAUAGGUUCUUUCGUGUGCUCAAAAUGUUCGGGAAUGUUGCGUGGUCUCACUCCACCACAUCGCGUAAAGUCAAUUUCCAUGGCUACCUUUACUCCAGAAGAAAUAGAGUUUAUAAGAGUCAGAGGAAAUGACUACUGCAGGCGUGUUUGGCUAGGCCUGUAUGAGGGUGAAAGUGUGAACUAUACCGACGAACAACGCGUCCGAGAUUUCAUGUCUGAUAAAUAUGAAAAGAAGCAAUAUUAUCUAGAAUCAGCGCCUAACAAUAUGCCCAUUGUAAACGGCACAUCGUCACAAAAAAAUAAAAAUAAACAGAAAUCGGUCAGUGCAACUAUUACUGCGCCAUUGAUUGCGAUUUCACCGAUCUCUAAAAAUUCACUCAACAACAAUACAGUGAAUUUAACCAAAGCAAUAUCCGCCACACCUGUUCAAGAAACAAAUCAUAAGAUAGCUAGGCCUGUUAAUAAUCUCGCGCCCCCUUUGUUUAACGGCAAUAACGCUGCACCUGUCGCCCCUAUGGCUCCUGUAGUACCUGAUUUCCCUGUAGAUUUUUCGACGGCAAAUAUAUACAACAGUGCUCAAAACUAUAACACUGUCUCCAAUAGUGUUAACAACAACAAUACAAGUCGAUCUUCAACUACAAGCACAUCAGCGUUUAAUUCAACAAAUUCUGCUACAAAUGAUCGCUAUGCGGCUCUAGCAGACCUCGACUUAGUAUUUAGACAACAAAAAACUAUGGAGGAAAAUGUGAUGAGUAACAAUCCGUUUCAAACAAACGACGGAUUCACUAACAAAAAUCCAUUUUUCAAUGGAGGUUGGAGUGCUGCACCAGUUUCUGUUAAUCCAUUUAUGCCGGCAACCAACGGAAGUUUUGUGAACCCGAAAAACCCUUUCCUCUGAUAGGCGUAAGUAAUAUCGCGAACAAAUUUACGUAACAAAAGCACAAAAUGCUACAAAUCUAAUUAUUUAUUAAGUAUAUACAUUUGCCAUAGUGCUUAGUAAUGGUUGUAACUUAAGUGCCUCAAUAUGCCUUAAAUCAGAUCUUUAUUCUUAUAUGUAUUACGCUUUAGUAUUCGGAAUGUUUAGAAUAUACUUUAAAAUGUUAAGAUGUCGGUCUGAGCUUUAUUAAUUGUAAUUAGUAUAGAAAAAAUUACGACCUUGGAAUGAAAUUUAUUUUUUCUAGAACAAACUACAGUAACAGUAACCCCCCUAUAACGCGUUAGACCCGGACCGCGUUAUAGUAAAUCGCUUUGUAGGAGUAAUCACGUAAAACCGUAUUUUUGAACAAUAAAAAACUAGGAACACAAAUUUAAUAGUUACGUCGUUUAGUUUUAUAACGAAAUUGAAACAGGUGCAAUGAUACGCGAAACUAUACCACUAUAAAUUACACAUACAUAUCAUUAUAAAUUUCACGCUAAAGAAUUAUAUCUUGAAAUAUCUUCGCUUUAUAAGAGGUAAGUAUAUACCGCGUUAUAUGGGGGAUUAUUUAUAGUGUAUAGUAGUGGGACGAGUGGACACGAUAAAUAUUUUAUUUAAUAUUACUUAAUAUUGGCUUAAUUAUAAACCGUUUAAUAGUUGCAAUAAUAAAUGAACUCGAAGUAACUAAGAAAUUAGAAUUAAUGAAUUGUAAUAUUUUCGUAACCGUGCUUUGAUUGCAUCAUCAAAUUGGGGUCAUAUAUUUAUUAUUUAAGAAAUUGUGUAAUUAUUUAGUCAAAAUUAUUUUCAUAAAGUUCUUUUUAUUGGGUUAAAUUGAAAAUAUCUUGUUUUUAAUCGAAUUAAGUGUUUGUCAAAGAAAAAUAUAUUUCUUAAAAAGAAAAAAUCGGAUACAUUUAAAAAUAAAUCAAUCUUUUAAUAUUUUCGUAUUAAAGAUAUAUAGGCCUAAUAAUUGUAAAUACUGUUUGGAAAUAACGUAACCAUGGCAACUACUUAAUUCACGUUUUCUAAGGCUGUAUAUAUUUUAAAACAAUGAACUGAGAAUGAUAUAUUUAAUUCCAAGGUCGUAUUCGACUGGACUAGGUAUUUUAUUGGCAUGGAAUACACAGCUUUCUUUGGAAAAUUUAACAGCGUAAUGAGUAAGAGAACGGCUGUAAUGUUUUAACGUUAGAAAUAUUAUAUUUUGUUAAAGGUAAAAAUUUAGUAAAAAUGAACAAAUAUUUGAUUAACUAUUAAAUGGAGAAGAUAGUUUAUUAUUCGCUAAUAAUUAAUAAAUACAUUCGUUAACAACUACGUUAAAUAUUUGUAUGAAAAAUUAAAUUCAGCAGGGUUACUCUGUAAAACUGAAAAUGUUUUACUCAAAAAUUUUGGGAUUUUUCACUAUAAUAGUACCGAUUGUAAUAAUUAUUUUCAAGAGACACCGUUUCGAUGUAUACAUCUAUUGAUACAAUUACGUUGAAAGCCUACUGUUACGUGCGAAAGGCUUGAUAGACAAAUAUAGUAGACGCAUGUUGUCAAACUGCUGAAACUCGAGAAUUUAUGUCUGUGCAAUGAUAACCGUCCAAUUUUUUCCCGCGCAAACGUAUUUCUGAGGCAAAAAGUUCAUAGAAUAAUUUCUAUAUACUAUCAACAAACGCGUUUACACCAAGUUGCCUAAAAUCAUACUAUAUCCUUGUCUAAAUCACGGAAUAGAUAAAUAUAGGCACCACAUGCAAGUUCUACGUGAUUAAACAGUCAUAAAAAUUAAUUAAACAUAUUAAAAGGUAGUCAAAGUGGCGAAGAAGAUUCUAGUACAAAAUUCGGGUCUCGUUCAAUAUUGUUUAUCUACGCCGUGGGAACUCUAUUUAUUUCAAUUCAUAUUUAAGUAUUCUAUGAUAUAAAAUAUCGUCUAUAUUGUUGAGUUAUUUAAUUAAAAUGGCUGUAAAUCGCCUUUGUUGAUGGUCCAUUUGAGUAUUAUAUGACAUUAAUUAUGCAAAUACUCAAUAGAAUUUUUAAGGCUUUACUAGUGAUUUUAUCGUACAAAACAUGAACAUGACAGAUUUCGAAAUUAGCACAAUCUAGAUUAAAAAAAUUUAUAGAAAUUGAGAGGCUAGUUCCCUACACAAGCCAAUUAAAUAAAUGUUUAAUUCGGUUUUUUAAGUGUUGGAAUAUUUUAUAUUUUUGAAGUUUGUAUAUUAUGUGAGCAUUUCCAUUAAUUUCCUCUCAAAUUCUUAACUGUGAUUGUAACCAGUUUAUUUGUAUUGCAAUUAAUUUUUGAAAAUUUUAUCAAUGCACUUGACUAUUUAUUUAGUAUUAAUUAUUUACUCUGAGCACUGAGAUCUGUUAAUUUGUAUAGAAGAUGUAAAAAUAAAUCAAUUAAGGUUAUUA